CCUCAAAAUUUAAAAGAUUAGUUACCCGAUGCAAAAGGGUCCAACCGCAAUCUUUCAUUCUUCGACAAAGUGAAAACCCGCAAAAGCGAGAAACCAAGAACAUCAGUUGUAUAUUCGAUCUUCACAGCCUGAGUCUUGAAUCUCCAUAUCGCCAAUUGAUAUAUUUCUCUCCUUAUUGAUACAUAAUGGAGAAUGUGAUUUAUCUUUUUAUUAUCCCUGUUUUCACUGCUAUAUUUACCUUACUGUCAACCUUUGCUUCUCAAAUAAUCAAUGGCAGACUUAACAGAAAACAGGCAGUUGGGUUCUUCCACCCUUUCACUAAUGACGGUGGUGGUGGAGAAAGAGUUCUUUGGUGUGCUGUUAAAGCUAUACAAGAAGAAAGUCCUCAUCUUGACUGUGUAAUUUAUACUGGUGAUCAUGAUGCUUCUCCUCAAUCAUUAGCAUCUCGUGCGACCGAUCGAUUUGGUGUUAAUUUGCUUUACCCACCAAUGGUGGUGCAUCUUUAUAAAAGGAAAUGGGUUGAAGAAACUAGUUAUCCUCGUUUCACUGUGAUUGGUCAAAGUUUUGGUUCGAUUUAUCUUGCUUGGGAAGCUUUAUGCAAGUUUCCUCCUUUGUAUUAUUUUGAUACUUGUGGAUAUGCUUUUACUUACCCACUUGCUCGGAUUUUUGGAUGCAAAGUUAUUUGUUACACUCAUUAUCCUACUAUCAGUUUAGAUAUGAUUUCUCGCGUUCGUGAUCGGAGCUCAAUGUACAACAAUAAUGCAUCAAUUGCCAGGAGUGGUUGGCUAUCGCGAUGCAAAAUCAUUUACUAUACUUUCUUUAGUUGGAUGUAUGGGUUUGUAGGUUCUUGUGCACACCUUGCUAUCGUGAACUCUUCAUGGACACAAUCUCACAUUGAAAAGCUUUGGAAAAUUCCUAACCGUAUCAAACGAGUCUAUCCUCCUUGUGAUACAUCAGGGCUUCAGGCGCUUCCUUUGGAAAGAUCGGUAGACCCUCCAAGAUUUGUAUCUGUAGCUCAAUUUCGUCCUGAGAAGGCACAUUCUCUUCAACUUGAGGCUUUUGCUGUCGCCAUUGGGAAACUAGAUGCUGACUCGCCAAGACCUAAGCUUCAGUUUGUCGGUAGCUGUCGAAACAAUUUUGACGAAGAAAGGCUACAGAAAUUGCAGGACAAAGCAAUUGAACUGAAGGUCAAUGGGGAUGUGGAGUUCUAUAAAAAUGUCUUGUACAGGGACUUGGUAAGUCUUUUGGGAGGUGCAAUUGUCGGGAUGCAUUCCAUGAUAGAUGAGCACUUUGGCAUCUGCGUUGUAGAGUAUAUGGCUGCAGGAGCCAUACCGAUUGCUCAUAAUUCUGCUGGACCAAAGAUGGACAUUGUUUUGGAAGAAGAUGGGGAGCAAACAGGAUUUCUUUGCCAGAAUGUGGAAGAAUAUGCAGAUGCCAUCUUGAGUGUGUUGCGAAUGCCGGAUACUGAGACACUCAAGAUGGCUGCAGCUGGCAGGAAAAGGGCAAACAGGUUUUCUGAGCAAAGAUUUUAUGAAGAUUUCAAAGCUGCAAUUCGACCAAUAGUAAAUCAAGCAUCUAGAUGACAGAACUAGCAAUACUGCAGCAUAUUUGUUAACUGUAGAACCUUUUUUUAUUUUAUCAAGAACUGUAGAACUGAGUUAUACUUGUUACUUCUUGAUCUUUCUUUCUUUUGGUUUUCUAUUGACCAGGUAAACUUUUCACUGGGCCUGUAAAUUUGAUUGGAAAUGUAAAAUUGUAGAAUUUUCAAUUUUGUAAAACGUUUUAGUUGACAA